AUGCAAUUUAUGAAUAUGAAUCAUUCAAAAAGUAUAUUAGAUCAAGUGGAUGAAUAUCUUCAUGAUAAUAAUGAUCCUCAUAGUACUCAUAUCACAUUUAUGGAAUCAGAAAAAGAACCAAUGAAUAAUGUUCAGUUAUAUUCAAAUAAUUGGUUGACUGAUGAUAUUCAAUUAGAUUUAGAUCAUAUUGGCGAAACUUUUUUCAACAAUGGUAAUAAUAACAACAGUAAUAGUAAUAGUAAUAACAGUACUAAUCGAAUGAACGGUCAUGAUCUUCAUUUAAAUUCUCAUAGUAGUAUGGGAGGUAUUCAUGGUAAUAUAGAUAAUCAACAUUCUAGUAUAGGGAAAGUUAAUGAUCCAGAAAUGAAUGGAGGCUUUACCUUAAUGGAACAUUCGAUGAAACAAAAUGAUAAUACAACUAAUUUACUUAAUAAAAAUUCACAUUUUUCCAAUAUUCAAUCGGACUUGGUCUUUUCACCAUCUGCAUCACCUUUAGUAGCGCCAGGACAAUCUGCUAUUGGUUUACAAGUCACACCAUUUAUGAAUCCACAAGUAUUGAUUGGAACAAAUUCAAAUAAUGUCUCUAACAUGAAUACACCAUAUUUGAGAGAAUCGGCGGUUCCAAGUGGUAGUUCGAAUAGUAAUACUACUACUAAUAAUAAUAAUGCUGUAUUACAUAAUAGCUCGGCAACAACAACACCUCAUGUGUCACAUUAUUCUCCUUUAAGUUCUCCUGCGGUGAAUGAACAUAAUCAAUCAUAUUCUUCAACAAAUUUUACUUUACCAGCCUCGGCAGUAGAAGAACCUAUUGCUAACGGUGGUAAUACAUCUACUAACUCUGGUAAUGGUUCUAAAACUUCAAAGGGUAAAAGAACCUCAAGUUCAUCUAGAAGUAAACGUAUUUCUUUUUCAAGUUCUAAUGGUAAUUCUGCAAAACAAACAUUUAAUGGAUCAUCUUCUAAAGUACGAAAGAAUAGUCCCUACAUGAGUGCUAAUAGAUCUAGGAGAAAUUAUCAAGAAUUAAAGACAAAAAACGGUACAACUGUUAAUAAUGGUAAUAAUGAUAGUGCAGGUAAUACUCCAAUAGGAAAUAAUUCCACCACACCAACGAAUGCAUCUUGGGAUGAUAUGGUAUUCAAGUUACCAGAAAGUAGUACAACAGCUAUGUCCAUCAGUGAUGGUACAAAUAGUGAUGCUCCUGAUAGUGGAUCUAAAGAAUCCUCAUUAACUGCUAGUCAAUUUGCUGUAGCUAGUAAGAUUUUACCAUCUUCAUCAUACCCUGGUCAAGGUCUACCUAAUGGUAUUGGUACUGAAGGGAACGCGGUUUCUAAGAGAAUUGAAAUACCUUUACAAACAAGUAUUGAAACAACAGAAUCAUGGAAACAAAAGGCAAAUUCUGAUAGAAGUAGAUCAUCUAAUUCAUUGUCAAGUAAUGGUACCUCACCUAAGAAUGGAAAAAAUGGAAUUAAUAAUGUUGGAAUAUCUCCUCUAAUGAAAGCUAGAAAGUCAUCAAAGACUAAUGGAGAUACCGGUUCAACUACAAGUUUAACAAGAACAAAGUCCAGAUCUUCUGAAUCUAGAUCGGGUAAAAAAGAUGAUACAAAGAAAGAAGUACAUAAGGUAGCAGAACAAGAACGUCGUAACAGGCUAAACUCAGCACUGAAUGAAUUAAGUGGUUUGAUACCAGAAGAUCUAAAGGAGAUGAUAAGUAUACCAUCAAAAGCAACCACGGCCGAACUAGCGUGUGUAUAUAUACGUUCACUUCAAAAGAGAGUACAAGAAUUAGAACAGGAUCGCAAUCAUUAA